UUCAGUCAAGUCAGUCAGCCCCUGUCAUCGUCUUUGGUGCAUCAAGCGCAACAGUUUCAAAACAGCAAAGCAGUGCGUGUGAGUUCGUGUGUGCUUUAAAACGAAAAAUUGUGAUAAAACUUCUCAGUUUCAAAAUGUUCAAAGUGGUGUUUGCUCUGCUUGCUCUGGCUGCUGCCGUCUCGUUGGCUGCCCCGGCCGCUGACGAUGCGUCCGCCAACAUCCUGACGCACGAGUCGCGCCUCGAACCGGACGGUGCCUACUCGUACAAAUACUCCACCAGCAAUGGCAUCCAGGCGGAGGAGAGCGGCAUCGGUGGACAGUCGGUGCAGGGCUCGGCCUCGUGGGUCGGCGAUGACGGUGUGCCGAUCGUGCUGACCUACACCGCCGACGAGAAUGGCUUCCACCCGCAGGGAGUUCAUCUGCCGACGCCACCACCGAUCCCGGACUACAUUCUGCGGGCGCUACGAUACAUCGAGGCCAAGCAGGCCGCCCAGAAUGGCCAAAAGUAAGGUGCCGAAAAGGCGUCCCAAAGAAGCGUGCCCGCGAAGGGUGAAACAUCCCAUAUCCCACCACCAUGUUGUGAGCAAACGCUGAAAGAAAAGAGGAAAACCCGAGAAUGCCAAGGCCUGGAGAAGUCAAGGUCAUCAUCAUCAUCAUCGUCACAUUGUACUGGCCAUUAAGUGAUAAAUCCCGAUAAUACUCGAUGCACAUUUUUGUAUAAAAGAAAUAUAAAAGUAUUAAUUGUAA